AUGACAGUGAUGGACGCCCUCACCUUCUAUUAUCAAUGGCGUACUCACCCUUCUACACGAUGGGCUCUGACCAUCACAACCGCCAAAGGACAAUACACAUUCCAUUGUCUUGUUAUGGGAUACAAGAAUAGCAACGCUUAUGUUCAGCGCCAAAUGGACAUACUAUUCGAAGAUGUUGAUUCAGUUGAUUGCUAUUUGGACAAUAAUGGCGAUCUCAUUGUCCAACCUCAACACGCAGUGGCAUUAACCGUAAUGCUGCUGCAAGAGGCACAGAUCGUCUUCGCCACCCCGGCCGCGGCUCGCGAGACUUUCUUCAGGAAGGCGUUUGAGCCUACGUUGGUGGUAAUGGAUGAAAAUGCACGUAUGAGGGAGCUUACCACCGCCAUGUGCAUCUCCUCUCUCUUUGCGGUCAAGCUCUUUAUAUUACUCGGGGAUCCUCAACAGUUACUCCCAUUCAUCGGCGACAACCACCCUUCUAUCCACAGAUUAGCAUCAUUACGGUUAAUAAGAGCUUAGACGAACAACUUCGACUAGGAUGACUUAACCAGCUGGGAAAUCUUAUAUCAAGACUGG